GCUUGCAUUGAGACAUCGAGACGCGCCUGCAUCUUAAGGGACCAAUUGGUAUACUGUUAGACUGGACUGACUGGACUUGCUACUAAUCCUUUAGUGGUGGACUUCUUUCCUAGAGCUUCAAUUUCUUUUUACCCCGCGUUAGAACGAAAAUUUCAAGUCUCACGAUGGCCUCAAAAACGUCAUACAUCCCGCGAUACCUGCUACCUCAAUAUGGCGCAAUAUGGCGGACCGUUGCACGUUCCAAUGCUUUUACAAGACCCCUAAAUGCAGAGCUUGGACAGGUACUAGUGCGUUAUGCGUCUAAGACGGCCGCACCGAAAGGAGUACCUCCUAAAGCUGCCUUAUUGAAAUCGACCGCUGCCAAAGCUGCGAAGCAUUCUGCGCCGACGAAACCACCUCCAAAAACCUCACCUCCUAAACCGACUACAGCCCAGCCAGCAACCCCCAAAACUCCUACAUCCAAACCGGUACCUACCUCGAGACCGACUCCGGCAGCUUCCGUAACUAAACCGGUCUCGAAUUCCGCCACGGCGCCGGAAACCCCGGCUCCUACGGCUAAGCCGAUCGCAGCUUCAAAACCUGUAGACCCAACGAAGCCUCUCGUCCUCGAGAAGCCCGAGAGGUUCAACCCCCCAUCCCACGGAGCACGGCUCCCGCGCUCGACCCCAAAGCAUUAUGGCGGGGAGUUAUCUGAAGCCGAGUUCCAGGCCCAGAGCGCGAAACAGUAUCCUGGUCUACCACCGCCGCCAAAUACAUGGUCACAUUGGUUCCUGAAUAAUCGGGGUAUCCAUCUAUUCAUCACCCUGGGCACCCUUACCUCUCUGGCCCUAUACACUUUCAUAGCGAACUUCAACGCUAAGUCGCCGUUCGCUGACCUGAUUCCGCCCAUUUCCGAAUUCCCGCGACAUCCGUUUCAGUACAUCGGGGUAGUUUUCGAUGUUAUGCGUAUGCACGAGGAGCACGAGGCCGCCGUGACAGCCGAGAAGCGCAGGAUGCGGGUCGACGACGUAGCCAAGCGGGCCGAGUACCGCAAAGCGCACGGCUUGGACGCCACGCAGGGGUUCUUCGGGAAUAGCAGCAGCGGCAGCGGCAGCGGCAAGCCGGUAUCUGAACCGGAGACUGUUCCGGUCGUUGUGCCGGAAGCUGCUCCGACUGCCGAAUCCACACCGGAUGGGAAGCGCAAAAAGUGGUUCGGGAUAUUUUAGAAUAGUGGGCAAUAUGAGGGGUACCGCAAAAGAAGCAGAAAAGGUUAUAGACAGGAAGCAGUAGUUGUUCACGGCCUCCAUAGGUGGAUGAAUCUCUGCUUCGGGACAAGGACAAGGCGUAACCUUGGUUUGAUAUUGCAUUAAAAGUUCAUGGUAUCGGUAAUUGCACGGAUCUAUCCCAAGUCGACAGCAUCUAGACCUUCUAGGACCUCGUCCGCAACGCCCCCCUUCUCCAACACCUUCUGUACCAUAGCUCCUAGGACGGCCAUCUUAGCCCCUCCCCUCGGUGCCUUCCACACGCCCUCCACGUUAUCCGUCUCCGCCGCCCUUGCACCCGGAUCCUUCGCCGCCCCCGCGC